AGCCACUGAUGUAAAUCUCACGAGCUUUCAGUGCAUUGUGAUCCCUUUUGGCUCAAGCCUUUGACGCUCUCAGGCACGACCAUAGUCGCACGCUUGUACGUCCAUCAUGACGAUGUUCUGGGCCAUAUCAUUGAUGCUCUGGCCUGGUGUUGCGACGUCGGCCACGCCGCAAGGAGCCUGCAACCCAAAGACAGGAGACAUUUGUGAUUUUGAGAUGGAUUUUGAAACAUCCAUUUUCAUCCAGAGGCAGAAGCGGGCAACCCUGGCGGGAGCCGGCACUGCCCCUGCCCUUCCAUGCUCCAGCAGCCUGUCUGAGAGCACUUGGGAGAAGCGGCACAAGUUGAACUCCGUGUUCUUCCAGCUCUAUGGGGCGAACAUGACACAGAGCGGCAUGGCACCCUUUGAGGUCAGGCCCUUUUGGCCAGACAUGAGCCAGAGUGGCAGUGUGAAGCGCCUGAAGCUCUUGAAGGAGCUCAAGGAGGAGCUUCGCAUGGCCUUCGAGGUGGAAGGGCAGACCCUGUAUGACAAGAACGUCCUGAACCGCAUGUUCUUGAUCGUCUCGGAACGUGUUCGUGGAGAGGAGAUCGGUGGCCUGCCAGGCGUCCCAAUCGCCUUGGCGCUGGAUCUCUUUGCGCAGGACACCACUGCAGGGUCACAGGUCCCCUUCUACUACUACCCAGGAAUUUACCAGUUCCUCACUUACGCACAGACCCCAUCGGCCAAGAAGAUCCCGGAGGGUCUUGCAAGCUUUCCGCAGUAUUUGCAGCAGUGGACCAAACUCUUGAAGGCAGCGCAGGAAGCCAACGUUCUCCCGCAGAUGGCAAACUACGCGGUGUGGAAAGACACCUACUUGGGGGCCACGGAUUGGGAGCGAAGCUUUCCGGGUCUCUCUGAAGACCAGGAACUCCUUGGGGCGUUGAAGACCAGCCUCUCGGAGUUCCAGGCUGCACUUCGGGCUUUGGAGCCAUUUAUUUUGAAAGCGUAUGGGCCCGGACAGGAGAUGGGCUACUCCGUUUUGGGGAAGUUUGGCCAAGAGAUUUUCCUGUGGAGAUUGUUGGGCUGGGGGAUGGACUAUGAUGCGGACACCGCUUCCCAGCUGGCCACACAAGCGAGGGAGGGGGCCGAGGAGAUGAGGGAGUGGGUGGUUCGCGGAUUGAGCGAAGCAUUCGGCGAGGAGAUGGAUGUAGAAAUGGCCUUGAGCAUGAUUCAAGACCAGUCGGGGCCCUUGUACUACCAGCACACGUCUUGGGACCAGAUGACGGACAACCUGACCCUGGUCUACAACAAUAUCCUCAAAAACACCCACCUGGUCUUUGGCACCUUGAGCAAUUGCAACUGCGCAGUGUACCCAUGUCAAACACUGCCGAAAGACGUGUUUGGGGAUGAGCCAUGUCUGGCCAAUUCCCCAUUCCCAGCCUUUGCGCUUGUUUUCCCCGCUUUCAACGAGCAUGAUGAGUGCGUCGAAUCACAGUACUUGAUCUUGGGCCGUAGCGCAGAUUGUGAACUGAACUUGACCAAAGGUUUGGCUUGCAUGGACUAUAUGAUCCCACUCAUGACCCCCACCAUGAUUCAUGAAGGCUUGGGCCACUGGGUGCAGGAACUCCAGCAUUGGCCAGCGAAAUGUGACCCCGACCUGCCCGCAGUGAGCACCUUUCAGGAAGGCUGGGGAACCUACGCGGAAUCUUUAGGCUUUCCGCUGGGCGUCUACGACAACUCCCUCUGGGGCAAGCUGUCGAAGGUCGGCUGGGCAAUGGGAAGAGGCUUGCGCAUGUGCAGGUUCUUCUUAGAGCAUGAUGUCAACUACAAGAACAUGAGCCGCAGCGAAGCAAUCAAGGAGUGGAACCAGUACCCCUUUGCAUCACCCACGCUGUACGACGACAACGCGUUGGACUUCAUUGUCAAUACUGGACAGAGGUCUACAUACUUCCCCACUCUUCAGCUCAUGAUGAAGAACAGGAAGAAGGCACAAGACAGCUUGGGGAGCAAGUUUAGUCUCCCGCUCUUCAACAAGUUCAUGGGUCUUCUGACGGAUCAGUUGACGCCGGCCAUGGUGGGAGAAUCCACUGAGGCAUUCAUCAAGUGCAGUGAGGCCAACAAUUGCUUCGGCUAAUGGCCAUGAGUACAAUGGUGUUUAUCAUGAACUGGCUUAAAUGCCAGCUAUUUUGAACUUAGCGUAGGCGAAGACCUCGCUACCUGGAACAUGCCUUGGCAAAUAACUCUGGUGCAAAAUUCGCUCAGAAUGUUCUUGCGCCUUG